AUGUCGGAUAACGAGGCUUCCGUCGAGAGCAGCCUGGUCGACGGGCAGAGCGACGUGACCAGCGUCCCUGCCACCGCCGCAGCCGAGCUUGAGGCGCCAGAUUCCGCACAAGACGAUAACUCCGCAUAUGAAGCAAAUCAGGACGCGGCGACCGCGAGCGGUGCGGUCGCUUCAGGGCCUCCCUCGGAAGUGCUUGCGCAGCCCGACCCUAACCCGCCGAAGUUACAGGGCUUCGACGAGAUCAUAAAGGGGAAGCUUUUGGCGCGCCAUGGCAUAUUCGGCGCGCAUGAGAUAUACGAGGAGGUGCUGUUUAACAAGCCGGCGAAAAGCGAGCGGCACAGCUCCAAGAGGUUGCAAUACGCAGACUCCGGAGGAGCAUGCGACUUCAGCGACAUGGGUUCCAUUGACAAGCACUGCAUCAUCCGCUUUCCCCCCGACAUCGCCGAGGUCAUUAGAGAGCGCAGCGCUGCUAACGAGGAUACCGGCGUAUCGAUCGAGCCAACGGGGCGCUACGACUACCGAGAGUUCGUAGUACGGGUGCGCGGCGUCCCCGUGGAGCUGAUGGGCAUCUUGGUAGAGCUGCCGUGCCACCUCGAGGCGCACAAGACGCUCGACUGCGACAUGCUGUUCAAGGCGGCUGAUGUCUCGCAGAUGAUCGUCGUGCAGGAGCGGAAGGAGGCGGAGGUCACCGUCGAGGCCAUGCGCCAGUGCAUGUGGGAGUGGCCUGACGGCAUUACACCGCCCACCAAGAACAUCCGUAAGCGGCGAUUCAAGGACCUUGACGUGUACAACAACGAAGAGGUCAAGGAGGCCGAGAGGGAGGCGUUGAACUUGCUCAACGGCACGGUGCGCGACAGCUACCACUACGAGGUAAAGAGCGCCCAAGAGGUCCGCGAAUUAGUGGAGAGCUAUCGCAAUGGUAACAUAAAGGAGCGUAUCAUCGGACUCGACGAAGACGUCCAGGAGUACAUAAAAGCCGUGCAGCAAUUUGAACCUGCGCCGGACGACUCCGAAAUCAUGUUUAACGGCGACCACAGCUGCUUUAUGAAACAAUGA